AGAUGGCUGCGCCCAUGUAAUACCGGCGCGGGUGUUGACCUUUUUUACUCCUCCUUGUCACCUGGUCCCUGUGGUGGCAGGCGGGGCACGAGGACCAUGCUGGGCCGGACCCUCCGAGAAGUUUCUGCAGCACUGAAACAAGGCCAAAUUACUCCAAUAGAGCUCUGUCAAAAAUGUCUCUCCCUUAUCAAGAAGACCAAGUUUCUAAAUGCUUACAUUACUGUAUCAGAAGAGGUGGCCUUAAAGCAAGCUGAAGAAUCAGAGAAAAGAUACAAGAAAGGUCACUCACUUGGGGAUUUAGAUGGAAUUCCUAUUGCAGUAAAAGACAACUUUAGCACAUCAGGCAUUGAGACAACAUGUGCAUCAAACAUGCUGAAAGGUUAUGUACCACCUUAUAAUGCUACAGUAGUUCAGAAGUUGUUGGAUCAGGGAGCUGUCCUGAUGGGAAAAACUAAUUUAGAUGAGUUUGCAAUGGGAUCUGGAAGCACAGAUGGUGUAUUCGGACCAGUUAAAAACCCCUGGAGUUAUUCAAAACAGUAUAGAGAAAAGAGGAAGCAGAAGCCCAGUGGUGAGAAUGAGGAUUCGAAUUGGCUUAUAACUGGAGGAAGUUCUGGCGGGAGUGCAGCGGCAGUAUCAGCCUUCACGUGCUUCGCGGCUUUAGGAUCAGAUACAGGAGGAUCGACCAGAAAUCCAGCUGCCCACUGUGGGAUUGUUGGUUUCAAACCAAGCUAUGGCUUGGUUUCUCGUCAUGGUCUCAUUCCCCUGGUGAAUUCCAUGGAUGUGCCAGGAAUCUUAACCAGAUGUGUGGAUGAUGCAGCAAUUGUGUUGGGUGUGCUGGCUGGUCAUGACCCCAAAGAUUCUACCACAAUACAAGAUCCUGGUAAACCAUUUAUGCUUUCCAGCUUGACAGAUGUGAGCAAACUAUGUAUAGGAAUUCCAAAGGAAUAUCUCGUACCAGAAUUAUCAAGUGAAGUACGAUCUUUUUGGUCCAAAGCUGCUAACCUCUUUGAGUCUAAUGGGGCCAAAGUAAUUGAAGUGUCCCUGCCCCACACCAGUUAUUCAAUUGUCUGCUACCAUGUACUGUGUACAUCGGAAGUGGCAUCUAAUAUGGCAAGAUUUGACGGGCUAGAAUAUGGUCACAGGUGUGACAUUGAUGUGUCUACUGAAGCCAUGUAUGCUGCAACCAGGCGAGAAGGGUUUAAUGAUGUGGUGAGAGGAAGAAUUCUCGCGGGAAACUUUUUCUUAUUAAAAGAAAACUAUGCAAAUUAUUUCACCAAAGCACAGAAAGUGAGACGGCUCAUUGCUAAUGAUUUUGUGAAUGUUUUUAACUCUGGCGUGGAUGUGUUGCUGACCCCCACCACCCUGAGUGAGGCGGUGCCCUACCUGGAGUUCAUUAAAGAGGACAACAGGACGAGAAGUGCUCAGGAUGAUAUUUUUACACAGGCUGUGAAUAUGGCAGGAUUGCCGGCGGUGAGUGUCCCUGUGGCCCUCUCAAACCAAGGGUUGCCAGUAGGACUACAGUUUAUUGGACGUGCAUUUUGUGACCAGCAGCUUCUUACGGUUGCCAAGUGGUUUGAAAAACAAGUACAGUUUCCUGUUAUUCAGCUUCAAGAGCUAAUGGAUGAUUGCUCAUCAGUCUUUGAAAAUGAAAAGUUAGCUUCUGUUUCUCUAAAACAGUAGUGAUCCAUACAGCAUGGAAAUUAAAAUAACUUGAAGAUUUCAUAUUCUAGAGAAGUUGGAUGAUCUUGCUAAAUUCCUGUAAUUUGGUUCAUUGUCAACACAACCAUUCUUGGACUCACUUCUUAAAAUUCUUGUAAUAUAGUUAAUUAAUUAUAAGUCAUCUGUCAGCAUUUAUUAAGUAUCCACUAAGUGUAAAAUACAGAAUUCUGCAUUAACACAAGAUACAUGUUCCUGAAAAAUGAUGCAUUCUGCAAAAAUAUUCAUUAAUAAGAACAGAGCUUAGAGUAAAAGUAAGCUCAGGGGUAAGUAACCCUCUCAAAACUUGUACAUCUAUGUAGCCAAAGUGCUGAUAAAAACUAUAAUUUGUACCUCCAGAGACAGCCUGAACAGCCAGGCGGACAGGCAGUGGAACAUGUGGUGGAGGCUGUCUCAGGGGAUAUUAAAAUACACAAAAACAGUAAAAUGGGAAUAUUUGCUUCUGUGUGCUGAGCAAAGGAGGUGGAAGAGGAGCUCUGAGCACUGGAGGAAGUGCAACCUGCUGGGGCCCAGAGUCAUGCAAGACUGGGGCAUGCAAGGCUGCCUCUCCGGGGAAGGUCACAGGUGCACACAGCCUUUAUUUCUCUAAAAAUAGAACUGCAGUGACUGAGAACUUUCUCCUUUUUUGCUAAAGGUGAAAAUUUUACUUCUGCACUCCCAUAACCCCAUGCCGGGGAGCCAGAACAACUCCACGUUAAACUGACUUCAUUUUCCUAUUUACCAAUCACAGAUGAACUCAUUGGUGUCACAGAAACACCUGUUGUAACCUUGAGAGACCUUCUUGGACUUGAAACUUAGUAGGUUGUGGAGCAACCUUUUCAGUGAGAAACUUUCAAGAUACACAAGAAAUAUCCAUUAUGAAAACCUUGUGGAUAACUGGGGAGGAGGCCAAAGAGAGGAGGCCCACAGCCUCCUCCUUUACCCCGGAUUCUCUGUUCGUUAUGGUUUCCUGGCCCUCUUGGCUUUCUUUACAAGUGCUCUCUACUUGAGUCCCUUGACCCCAAAGAGACAUUAAUGAGACUCUAUAUUCAAAAAUUGGGAAAAUAGUUAUGAAAAUCAUAGAUUUGCCCGGUAUAAAGUUUCACCAUUGGAUUUGUCUUUGCCAGAACACCACUGUCCUCUCAUGCUGAUCAGGUCUUCUAAUUUGGCAUUUGUAAGUUAAUAUAUAUAUAAGUCAGAAGCUGAAUUAUUAUUUAGUAAAUUCACUUUGUUUAGUAAAGAAGAAAUCUUUUCUAAAUAUGAAGUGUAUGAGGGGAAAAUGUAAGUGGCAGAACCUUCUGCAGAGUCACUGGAGGCUGCCGUGCUAGGAAGUUAACCUGCCUGUUACCUUGUCAUUAGUAGUUUUCUUUCCCCCCAGGAUCCUUCCACUCCCAAAUACUCAAUUGGACAAACUUUAUGUAAAAGCCUUCAGUUUUUUUUUAUGUAAAAGCCAGGCCCACUAGUUUUCUUAUAAAUUUUGACUCUAAAUCCCUGAAAGAGGAAGAAGUCCACGAGAGAGAACUGCAUUAUUUUAUAAGAGGGAAAACCAUCUUAGUUGAAGGAGCUAAUAUGAUGUAAAAAGCAAGCGAUGAUAAAUCUUUGCCCCAGUCUUUUUUCACUGUGUGUAUAAUCUGAAAUAACUUUUUUCAAAGAAUAUUUAUACAGUUUCUCCUAUUCCUAUCUCUCUUAGUCAUGUAUCUCUGCUUGAGCUGCACUAAUGAUUGAAUCUGGAAAUAGGGAAGUGAAACAUUGAGUGUUCUCACAUAAUUAUACCCAACUAGCAUGAAAUAAUACCUAAUUUGUUUUUCUUUCCCCUCCAUCUUUACCCUAAAUCUAGGAGAUCUCAUUUUACCAAGUCACUGUCUGGGAAUUUAAGUGGGAAAUGGUUUCUGUAUCCCAGCUAAUUAAACCCUGAAAUUGUUAGCAGCAGAGCAAUUCUGAAAGGCAAAGGUGGCUACAAGUGUAAGAUGAGUUCCCUGAUCAGACACAGCAAAACAAAGACCAGUUAGAUUCAACAACAAAAGCAGUGCUAGAGUGAAAAAAUGUGAUGAGAUCACAAAACCUGGCGCCCCAACGCCACCAAGAGCCCAGGGAGCAAGUGGGAAAGUCAGCACUCCCAAGAAAAUCACUUGAAACCAGGGAGGCAGAAUGUUCUCUUUGGCCACUUGCUACCAGGUCAUCAGGAAUGCAGAGGACCUUGAGCCAGCUAGAAAAGAACAAGCUACAGAAGAGGAGCUUCUAAAAAUGACAAGAAAAAAUAAAAAGGUGACUCCCAGGGCGCCUGGGUGGC